GUUGUUAUUAUUCAUUCACAUAUAAUAACCGUUACGAGAUUCAACGAGCUUUCACUAUAAAUCGAGUGGUGUGUAGUAAGACCCUUUCUUUGAGCAAUCAACGACGACAAAAUGGGAUUAAUCAGCUUUUAAUAAGCUCUCAUUAUGUUUUAAUAAAAUUCAUACAAUUGUGCAUAAGAGUUGUGUCUACGUUACUGUUACAAUUUUGUGAUACCUCUCUGCAAGGAUAAAUUAAAUGGAUUUCAUGUCGUGAUGCAUCGCAUAUUCCGUGUUUAAAAAUAGUGCGGUGAAGAUAUUUUCCUAAAAGAGAAACAAAAACGAGUUAAGUGAUUUUUAUUGUGAGUUUACAUUCCGCAAGUAAUGUUUUCACUGCUUUAGAUGAUCGACGGUAUUUAAAUUCAAUGAAAAUGUCCGUAGUGAACCUCAAGUGACAGCUGUCAAAUUAAAAAUAAAAAUUAAUUGACAGAAAAACCUAUAUAAAAUCUUUGAACGAAUAAUUGUAUAUAAAGUUGACUCAUCCAUUAUUUUCCGCCGACAAAAUGGACGUCAAACCUCCAAUGACGGAACUUCAAAAACAAACAUUUCAACAUAUUUUCGAAAAAAUCGUCGCUAAUAAUAAUAAAUUUCCACCAAAAGAAAUUGAAAAUUUUCGCAGUUUAUUGGAGAAUGUUCGUGAUACUAAGCAUUUUCAGCUGAUUGUGGAGAAAUUCAAGGCAUUGGAACAAUUCGAGAAUAAUAUUCUUGGGAGUAAUAAUAGUUCAAUUGGAGAUGCUGAUAUCAAGGACACUAGUCGAAAAUUGGGAUCAUCUGGACAGACGCUCACACCACGACACACGAUCGACGCCAUUUUGGGAUUAAAAAAUCGAGCAGAAAACGGUAUAAAUGUUGGUAGUGAUCUGCGUAAGUCUAGAAUUGCAAGUUUACUAUCAAGUUAUUUAUCUUCGACCCAGAUCAUAAGUCGCUCAAUGACUGAGCAGGAAAAAUGUGGUGAGGCUUCUUUACGUAUUUCUUGGACUCUGGCUAAGCAUAUGAAACCAUUUACUGAUGCUGACGUAGUUAAAGAAUGCUUUCUUGAGGCGGGUAAUGCUUUAUUUGAGAACAAAAAGGAUGUUGUUGAGACGAUACGACGGAUUCCGUUAUCUGCUUCUACUAGCACCAGAAAUACACACGUUUUGGCAGAAGAAAAUCAUUGCGAUUUGAAACGGCAGUUAAAUAAUGCAAACUAUUACGCCUUGGCUAUGGAUGAAUCAUGCGAUAUCACUGAUACGGCACAGUUAAUUAUUUUUGUACGCUACCUGGACAAAACGAGAGAAACUUUUGUUGAGGAGAUAUUGGCUCUUUUGCCUCUCUUAGGAAGAACCCGAGGAGAAGACAUGAUCAAAGCAGUAAUGGAUUAUUUUGAAAAAGAUGAGUUAGACUUGAAGAAGCUCUUAUCGGUAACUACUGACGGUGCGCCAGCAAUGGUUGGGAAUAAAAAAGGACUAGUUCACCUGUUGAGAAGCAAUGAGAGAUGUAAUCAAAAUUUGAUUUCGUACCACUGUAUUAUUCAUCAAACUGUGCUUUGCUGCAAACUCAAUCAUAAUUUUGAGCGUAUUAUGCAAGAAGUGAUGAAAAUAGUAAACUUUCUUCGUGCUAAAUCAUCAUUGCAACAUCGUGAAUUGAAAUCAUUUCUUGAAGAAGUUGAUGCACAAUAUGACGAUCUACUGUUGCAUAAUAACGUCAGAUGGUUAAAGCUCGAAGAAUAUAUCUUUGGUCGUCUUUCCUUCUGUGGGGGCGUGCGAGUUACAUAUGAUAUAGCAGCAACUACAAUGCAACCGAUAAGUACAGCGUCGGCAAUGAAGGGUCAACAGCACGAUCAACCAAAAAGUGCAGCAUCGGCUAAUAACGGUCAACAGCACUUCCAACCAAUAAGUGCGGCAUCAGCAAUAAAGGGUCAACAGCUCAAUCACCCACUAAAUGCAAUGUCAGCAUUAAAAGAAUAUAAAAGCAAAGUCAUAACCGAUCAGCGGAGCCCAAUAAUACGAAUGGAUUGGAUAAGGAACAAUGCAAAAACUAUAGACUUAAAAAAUGAGGAAGUUAUUUUAGUAAAUGGUAUACAUCUUCCAUUCUUAACCACAUUACUUGAAGAAGUUAAUGUGUUGGAAACAAGUGAAGUUUGUAACAUUCAAACAAAUCACCUCAAUGAAAUAGAACAAGAGUCUGUAGAAAAGCUUUUAAAUAAAUAUAAAAAAUUGAUUUUCAAAGAAGGCGAUCAAUUAACAAACACUACUACAGUAGUUCACGAAAUAAAAACUACCACAGACCAACAAAUUAACUCUAAACUAUAUAGGUAUCCGCCAAAACAUGAAGUCGAAGUACGUAGGCAGAUGGAAGAAAUGGAGAAACAAGGAAUCAUUCGAAAGAGUAACAGUCGUUACAGUUCACCAAUAAUAGUUAUUCCAAAAAAACUUGACAAUACCGGCAUACAAAAAUACAGGAUUGUCGUUGAUUAUAGAAAGUUGAACCAAGUAACCGUAGAUGAUAAAUACCCAAUUCCCAAUAUAGACAGCAUAUUGGAUAAGUUAGGGAAAUCACAGUACUUCAGCACAUUAGAUCUGGCAAAAGGUUACCACCAGAUCUUAGUUGCACCAGAAGACAUUGAAAAGACAGCGUUCGUUACUCCAGCGGGUCUAUAUGAAUACAUCAGGAUGCCAUUCGGAAUUCAGGAGAAUUCUUACUCAAACCGAGGAGGAGUUACAUAUGAUAUAGCAGCAACUACAAUGCAACCGAUAAGUGCAGCGUCGGCAAUGAAGGGUCAACAGCACGAUCAACCAAAAAGUGCAGCAUCGGCUAAUAACGGUCAACAGCACUUCCAACCAAUAAGUGCGGCAUCAGCAAUAAAGGGUCAACAGCUCAAUCACCCACUAAAUGCAAUGUCAGCAUUAAAAGAAUAUAAAAGCAAAGUCAUAACCGAUCAGCGGAGCCCAAUAAUACUUUGCAUUUUAGAUGCUGAUAUCAAGGACACUAGUCGAAAAUUGGGAUCAUCUGGACAGACGCUCACACCACGACACACGAUCGACGCCAUUUUGGGAUUAAAAAAUCGAGCUGAAAACGGUAUAAAUGGUGAUCUAACCGAUGAUGCCACUGACUUACGCUACGGUUUGCCCUUGGCCCAUAUUCGAAGUCUUGACAAUCAAUUGCUCUCAUUAAACAACUCCCCCCAACUGCAGUCGCACAAAAGCUGUGCUGGUAUUAAUACUAGUGGCGCCUAUGGCCUUCAUCACCACCAACAGUCCCAUCACCAUCAGCAGCAUAAUCAUCAUUCCCAUCAUCACCAUUUGCAUGGUACUAAUCACCUCAAUUACUCGGCACAUUUCCGAAGUUCCUUGGACAAUGGAUCACCUAAUUCCUUGUCCCAGCAACACCAGCAAUAUCUUUCAUCCCAAGAACACCAACAGCAACAACACCAUCAGCAGCACCAACAGCAACAGCAGCAGCACCAACAAUCGAUGAUGGUGGGACAUAUGCUGCAUCGUCAACAGCUUCCCAGCCCUUCGGAUCGGGAUUACACGAGUCCGUCAAUAGUCGCUAGCAUGGCCCUAAUUCAGCAGCACCAUCACGAGGCUAAUAAUGCAGCGGCGGCGGCGGUGGCGUCAACAGGAGUAAGUGGAUUGGGAAGUAAUGUCGGCUUCAAUCAGAGCCAUAUUUUGCAUGAGAAAACCUCGAAAUCAUCUAAUCACUACUUCGAGGACAAUGCAGGCCUCGGCGGAGAGGCAUCGGCCACAGGAUCGGGUGAAACGACUGAAGGUGAUUACGACGAGUCGAUGUCGGCGAACGGUGAUAACAAGGAGAAUGGUUCAUCGGCAGCCAUUGAUGUGACAACACCAUCUCCUCCGCUAAGUAUUGGCGGAGGUGGUAAUGGUGGUGGCAGUGGCGUUGGCGGUUGUGGAGAAACAGGGUUAAAAAGAAAAUCCUCGUCUUCGCCAGCUUCCUACGAUGAUUUGGAUGAGAAUAAUGAGACGAUGGCUCACAGCAGUAAACUGUUGAAUGGAAAUGAUGACCAGGUAGCUAAUGACCCGUCCACAAUGGCAGAUUGCUCAAAACUUGGCCCCAAUUAUGGCGAGUACAUUCGAGCGAGAAGUUUUGAUGAGAUGCAACAGCAGCAACAUCAAAUGCAUCAUAGCAGCACCGAUCCGCACCAAUCUUCACCUCCGCUCAUGCAUCAGCACCACCUGCAACACCAACAGCAGCAGCAACAACAACAGCAGCAGCAGCAACAACAACAGCGACAAUUGGACGAAUUCCGUUCGGCGGGAAUCAUACCAGAGCAGCAGGAUAGACUGAAUGACAAUGACAGUGUUGUCAAUGGGAGUUGUGCUUCGAGCGAGGAUCUUAACCAAACGAAUUCCAGUGAACAGGGUGAGAAGAUCACCUCGGGCAGUGACGAUGAGGCUCAAGAUGACUCCUGUUCGAAGAAGAAACACCGCAGAAAUCGAACGACCUUUACCACCUAUCAACUGCACGAGUUGGAACGAGCGUUCGAGAAGUCUCACUACCCUGACGUCUAUUCCCGCGAAGAAUUAGCCAUGAAAGUGAAUUUACCUGAAGUUCGAGUACAGGUAUGGUUUCAAAAUCGUCGAGCAAAAUGGCGCCGUCAAGAGAAAUCCGAAAGUUUGCGUCUAGGACUCACACAUUUCUCCCAGCUUCCCCAUCGUUUAUCGUGCAACAGUUCCGGCAUGCCAGUUGAUCCAUGGCUAUCACCACCACUCCUCUCAGCGCUGCCAGGUUUUCUUUCACACCCGCAGACUGUCUAUCCAAGCUAUUUAACUCCGCCCCUUAGUUUGGCCCCGUCCAAUUUGACCAUGGGUAGUUUGGCAGCAAUGUCCCAUCACCAUCACCACCAUCAUCAUCAUCCACAUCCGGGUGGCUCUAUUCAGCCACCACCACCGCCACCGCCAGGAGUUCCAAUGGGCUCAAAUUCCAGCGUCCUUUCACAACCACCGCAAGGAUUACGUAUUUCGCCACAAAGUUUGGUCACAAUGCCACCACAAAUGGGUUCGUCGAAUCUGCGACUGCCGUCUCCACCGCAGAUGGUCAACGGAGGAGCAGUUUCUAAUAGCAACAAUAACAAUGGUCCACCGCAGAAUCUCUCAUUGUCAUCGCGUAGUUCUCCCCAUUUACUUUCCGCAGCCGCAAGUGGUUCACCGCAUUCACAGAUUAUGCUUCAACCGGGUGGUGCCACCAGCAACAGCAGCUCCUUGCCCCCUCUGGCUCAGUCGCCAUCAUCCCACAGUAACAUUACUAUGACACCUUCACCGCAGAAUCUCUCCACAUCCUCGCUGUCCAUGAGUAGUCCUGGCAGUGCAACGGGAAAAAUGUUAAAAAUCGAUCCUUGUGGCGAGGAUGCCGAUGGAAAUGCUCCUGGAAAUUCCGUAGACAUUCGGUCGAACUCAAUAGCUACGCUCCGCAUUAAGGCCAAGGAACACUUGGAAAGCAUUAACAAAGGACUCGCAAUAGUGUAAUAAUAUUUUAGAAUAAGGAUUUUAUAUAAGUAAAAAACAAGUUUAAUUAUUAUUUUUGUGUUUGUGCUUGGAGUGCGUCAGCUCAAAAAUAUCACCCAAAAAUAUUUUUACAAAAAGAAAAUAAUAAAACAAAAAAAUAAUAUAUUUUAUUGUUAGUUCUAAGAAUAAUAAUUAUUAUGUCCUUGUACAGAUGAUAAAAGUUUGAUGACAAUUUUCAAUGUGAUUCUUAUAAAUAUAUGAAUUUUUGUAGUAAAAUC